AUGAAUAGUGUAGUUACGAAGUUUAAUCAACUUGGUAGAAACGAGGAUAACACUCGAUUUCAGUCAGCAGUUAAUAAGUUGUCUGUUUUCAGACAAUCCGGUGAAUUUCAAGGUAAGAAACGUGUGGCAUCGUUUUCAGAGGAAGAGUUCCAACAAAUGAAAUUGGAUGUUCUCAAGAAUUGUGAUGAAGUGCACCAAUAUGAGGAAGAACACAAAUCUAUGCUUGAAGGAACUAGCCACGCACAUAGAAAACACACAGAAGAAUUUCCUAGAUGGUUUGAACGUAAAAUUUACCAACUGCACAAAGAGACCAGUCAGGUGAGUGAAGAACUAUUAUCAUUGGCCGGAGGUCCUUGCCGAGAAGCUCUGUCUUUCAACAUUUACACGGUCAAUGGGUACCGCUUUCAGACAAAACGUUGGGAGCAGGGAAGAACGACACAAAACGCUGGAGUAUGUGUAACCAUCGAGAAGGAUUAUUUUGGAGUGCUAACUGAUAUUAUAGAGUUGAGGUAUGUGGGUGGAUUCCGUGUUGUUCUUUUCAAAUGUGAUUGGCGGGAUGUAGAUAGUGAUAGGGGAUGCAGGAAAGAUAAACAUGGAGUUGUUACUGCUGUUAAUAGAACCGUAAGUUGUUGGCAAGAUGAACCUUAUGUGUUACCUUCUCAAGUAUCACAAGUUAUGUAUGUGAAUGAAGGAGAGGAGUCCCAGUGGCAGACAGUGAUAAAACUAAAACCUCGGAACUAUUAUGAUAUGCCGGUGCGUGAUAUUAAUACAGAUUUGAGUCCUAGUGAAGCAGCACAGGAUUUGUACUCGGCUUAUUCUAUGGAAGAUGUACAACUUGAACCGCAGCAGGAUGAUGAUGACAAUUUUGUUUGGGAUAGGUGUGAUGUUCCGGAAGAAACCGUCACUUACGUUGCGCCAGAACAAGGACGAGGGAAAGCUGUCGAUGAAGAUGAUGCUGAUGUUGAAAGUGUUUAUACUACUAGAUGA